AUGGGACCUAAAAAAGAAAAUAAUCCCUUAAUAAAAGGUCAAGAAGCCGAGGAUUUGGUAAAAAAUUACCUCAAAGAACAGUAUCGGCCAUAUUCAGUUUCAGAUUUGAUAUUGAACCUACACAACAAGAUAAAUAAGGUCACCAUGAUUAAAUGUUUAGAAUCAUUAGUUUCUCAGAAUGAAAUAAUCUCCAAGACAUACGGGAAAAUGGUCUUUUAUGUGUAUAAAGAGGAAGAAAUUGAUGGGGAUUUAGAGGCAGAAAUCAAUGUUGAAACGAUAAACAAAAUUAAAGAAGAGGUCGAAGAUCUAAGCAAAAAAGUGAAGGAAUUACAGGCUGAUUAUGCCGAACUCACUAAGUCGCCUACAAACGAAGAAGCAGUAUUACAAACCAAGGAAUUAGAAAAAGAACUAAUUCUAUUAGAAAGCAAGCUUGCUUCCAUAAAAAGUGAAGGAAAUAAAAGGUUGUCUAAAAAGGAGAUAGAUAAAUGCAAAAAUUAUAAUAAAGAACUUGAACGUAUUUUCCGACAAAGGAAGAAAUUGGUAUGUAGAGAUGAAAUUUAA